AUGAUUGCGACAAAAGUGGCAUUGCAAAAAGAAAUAGUAGAAUUCUCCACUCUCCUUUCUGUCCUUUUCUUUCACCGCUACUUCCGUUUACACAACGCACGCCCUCGAGGUCGAAAUCCUCCACUUUACAUGGACAUCCCUCUCCCGGACGAGCUUGAAUGGCUCGAACACAACUCUCACAUCGAAGAAGACCUCCUAGACAUCGACCCACCCGAACUCCACCCACCCGAAGAAGAAGGACAGCAAGAAGAACCACCAGAGCCACUAUCGCCCUUUAACUCCCACAAGCGCCGCAGAUCUGAGAGCUCAGAUUCACCGAAUCACGAAGAUUCCGUCCCAAGCGAUGAGAAGAGAAGCAAAAUGCUUGGUGUCCAGACAGAGGUCCAAGAGGACUGGCUACGGUACUCUCCUCAAGAAGAGAGCAACAGAGUGGAUGCGGAUAGUUUGGGGGUUGAUUUGGGUGAGGAAAUAGUUGUUUCGAGGUAUGCCUCUUUGAUCGACGGAGACUUUCUUCCAGUGACGGCUCCAAGCGGCGGUGAUAGGGUUUAUGCGAAAAAAUGUAGUGUUGAAACGGAAACGGAAUCGAAGAAAUUGGACGUCAAAGGGAGAUUGAGUGGUCUUAUUUCAGAACCCAUCCAUGUUCUAUUGCAAAGGGUUGAGAAAGAGGCUUUUUCCAAGGCCUUGCAAGCUAGUUCUGACGUUCAGAAUGAUGUAGUUUUACCUGAAACAUCAGUGGUAUAUGAACAACUUUGGGUAGACAAAUAUUCCCCUAAUUCUUUUACCGAGCUUCUUAGUGAUGAACAAACAAAUCGUGAGGUUCUCUUAUGGUUGAAACAAUGGGAUUCUUGUGUUUUUGGAUCUGAAAUUAGGACUACAUCAGAAGAGGUUUUUUCUGCUUUGAGACGGCAUUCUUCUAUUGCUCAGCAACACAGACUUCGCGACUCCAGUUUUCCAAGGAAGAACAGAGGCCGUGGAUGGGGCACUGUAGAUUUCAGACAAUCUAAUAAUUGGGGUCAUGAUAAUGAUAACACAAAAGGUGUUGUGGACUUGUCGAAAAAGAGGUCAAGGCUAGUCGGUCCGCCAGAACAGAAGAUCCUUUUACUUUGUGGUCCCCCAGGGCUUGGGAAGACUACACUUGCACAUGUAGCUGCAAAGCACUGUGGUUACCGUGUGGUGGAGAUUAAUGCUAGUGAUGAUCGAUCAACAUCAACAAUUGAAAGUAAAAUCCUUGACGUGGUACAGAUGAGCUCUGUCAUGGCCGACUCGAGGCCCAAGUGUUUGGUAAUGGAUGAAAUAGAUGGAGCUCUUGCUGAUGGCAAAGGUGCUGUGGAGGUCCUUCUGAAGAUGCUGUCUGCUGAAAAAAAGUCUGACAGUGGGAAGGGAACCAUUGCCAAGGAUCAAUCGGCAAUGACAUCAUUGAAAAAGGGGCGGAAAUCUGUCUCUCUCUCAAGACCUGUGAUUUGCAUAUGUAAUGACUUGUAUGCACCUGCCUUGAGAAGAUUGCGACAAGUAGCAAAGGUUCUUGUAUUUGUUCAACCAACAGUGAGUCGUGUGGUGGGCAGGCUCAAGUACAUAUGCAGCAAGGAGGGGAUGAAAACAAGUUCCAUUGCACUAACUGCACUUGCGGAGUACACUGAAUGUGAUAUACGCUCAUGCUUGAACACCCUCCAGUUUCUCAAUAGAAAGAAGGAAAUGCUCAAUGUGUUGGAUCUCAGUUCUCAAGUGGUUGGUCGAAAGGACAUAUCUAGAGGUGCUUUUGAUAUCUGGAAAGAGAUUUUUCAAAACAGAAAAACAAAGAGGGAUAGAAAAUCUAAUAGUAGUGGCAGUGGUGUUUACAAUGAGUUUGACUUCAUGUACUCUCUCAUCUCAUUCCGCGCUGAUUAUGAGUUGUUAUUGGAUGGGAUCCAUGAAAACUUUUUGCAACUUUACUAUCAUGAUCCUGUGAUGCUAAAGACAGUCAAGUGCUUAGAUGCUCUUGGAGUUUCUGACAUGAUGCAUCAGCAUAUUAUGCGUACUCAGCAAAUGUCCCUUCAUGUUUAUCAGCCUGCUCUUGCAAUUACUAUACAUCGUCUUAUAGCUCAACCUCAAAAACCCAACAUUCAGUGGCCAAAAUCUUAUCAGAGAUACAGAACAACCUUGAUGGAGAAGGAGGAAGUUUUAAAAUCUUGGCACAGCAAAAUCCGACCAGAUAUUUCCAUGCACUUGUCAAUUAAGUCCUUUAUAGAAGAUUCAAUAUCUCCGAUAUUACAUAUUCUAUCACCACCAACUUUAAAGCCGGUGGCAUUGCACUUACUAUCAGAGAGAGAGAAGAGUGAUCUGGUUCAGUUAGUUAAUACUAUGGUAUCUUAUUUUAUAACAUAUAAGAACAUGAAAUCUGAUUCCCUGUCAUCCAAUGCUGGACAUGAACCAGUGUCUGAGGCCUCAGCCCUUUCUUUCGAUCCCCCAAUCAAUGACCUCAUUAAUUUCAAGGGCUAUAUAUCAACCCAUUACAAACUUCCUUCAGCAACAAGGCAGGUCUUGGUGCAUGAGGUUGAGAAGCAAAAGAUUUUGCAAGUUGGCAAUGGAAGAUAUUUGCAUUUAACAGAUAAAGAAAACCAGAAUUCCGAAGCUUUAGAAACUCGCAGACAACAGGUUGCAAAAGUUGAUCAUGCCUCAACAUCUAAUAUGGUCAUGGACAAUGCAAGGAACGUAUCAAAUACCAACCAAUGUAACCCAAGUAUCUCCAUGAUAUCAACUGUGGGUUCUGCUAGCACUGUCGUAGGCAGUAUGAAGCCGAACUCCUGUGGAGCCAUGAAGAAGCCAUCUAGGAGUUCCUCCAGUUUUUUUGAUAGGUUCAGAAAACCCAGUUUGAAAGGCUCUCUGAACACUGAAAAUGCUGCACAGAAGACAGCUGUGGAGGAAGAUUUACAUCCUCUGCUUUUCAAAUUUAAUGAGGGUUUUACAAACGCAAUAAAGAGGCCAGUCCGAAUGCGUGAGUUUUUGCUAUGAUGCACCCUUACAAGCAAGAUGGAGGCGCUCAGUAGUGCUGCAGUUUGCAUGUGUAUAUUCUUUAGUCAUCCAAAAUUUUGAAUACCAUGAAUUAUUCCUUAACCUUAACUUCCAUUUUGAUAUUAUCAAUUUAUCAUGCAAUGUUCAUAGUUAUUUUAUGUGCGCAUAGUAAAUGAACUCUCUUCUACAGUAUUGCUAAAAAUUGUAACUAAUUCAGAAACACAGGAGCUCCUUUCAUUUUGUUAUGAUGGUUACAUUAAAGUUGCUGCGAAUACUCAAAUAUAAAGCCAGGAUUAUGUUUGUAUUUUGAUAAA